AUGAAAAUGUUUUACACGGUGUGCAUAUGCACGACAACGCCUUGCUUGAGAAAAUGUUGCCUCAAAGGACAAGUUUUCAUAAACAAUACGUGCAAACCACGUGAUCUCGACAUAAAACCCGCCGUUUUCACGGAGGGCUAUGCCUACAUUCCCGAUUAUGGCAUAUCCAAUUUUCACAGGGCUUUCGGUGACACUUGCAAAUAUAAAUCGUAUCAACUGGAACCCGAAGUCUAUCCGACGGACGAAUACUAUCUCAUCACGAAUGGAACUCUCGUCCUUCCAAAUGAUAACGUUGCGUACGACGCGUCGCAGUUUUGCUUUGAAAACAUCAUCAGGAAUUCAAACGAUGAUUUGAAUUCGGAUUACGAAGAGAUUAUAUUGAAAGCUUUUGUUUGUUUUCCAGAAGAACCGCAGCCUCCGGAAAAAAUGAUUGCUUAUCCUGUCGGAAUGAUUAUAUCGAUGCCAUUUCUUUUGGCAACCUUUAUCGUUUACUCACUUCCGGAAUUGAGAAACCUUCAUGGUAAAAAUUUAAUGAGCGAAGUUGCAUCCCUUCUAACUGCUUACAUAGCACUCGUGACAACUCAAUUGGGUGGCAACACAAUAAGUGAUACACUUUGCAUUAUUUGCGGAUUUUUAACCCAGUAUGGAUUUUUGGCUACGUUUUUCUGGUUGAACGUUAUGUGUUUUGACAUAUGGUCGACAUUUAGUGGAUUUGGAAAAUUUAGCGGACGAGUUAAAGUAAAAGAAUUGAAAAAAUACAUUUUAUAUUCUUUUUACGCGUGGGGUUGUCCAACCCUUAUCUUAUUAGUCACCGUGGCCAUAGAUUAUUCGCCCAACGUCCCUGAUUUUAUCAUCAAACCAAAUAUAGGAACUAAAAAAUGCUAUUUCGAGACGAAAAUUGCAACUCUCGUCUACUUUUACGCUCCCAUGGCUGUCAUCGUCAUUUGCGACAUAACGUUAUUCGUAUUGACCGCGUUUAAAAUAUGCAAAGUGCGAAAGGAAACCAAAGUUUUGAUGCAAAACGAAAAUCGUAGAAAUGAAGAAACGAAUAAGCAAAGGUAUAAUUUGUAUCUGAAACUUUUCCUAGUUAUGGGAAUAAAUUGGGUUACGGAAAUAAUAAGUUGGUUGUUCGAAGGACCCAAAGAAUUUUGGUACUUUACCGAUUUUAUGAAUUCCUUACAGGGUGUUCUUAUUUUUGUCAUUUGCGUUUUAACAAAGUCUACAAAAAAAAGGAUAUCGAAAAGAUUUUCACGCACAGCAUCUAAAUCGAGCAAAACAAACACAUUACUGCUUCAUUCAUAA